GCAUGUGUGUGUGUGUGAGUGUGUGUGUAUGUGGGGGGUGCUCGCUCCACCAAAACGUCCGUCCUCAACAUCUUAAAUAAAAAGGGGGGAAACACAAAAUUGGAAAUGUCCGCACGUGACAGCGACACGGCGCUAUAUGAGGAAAAAGGCAGCCAUCAUCAGGACCAGUCUCUGCUCCGGCGCAGCGGCGCGCAGCUCUCACCCCGCACCAGGACACCCAUGUGAGUUUGUUUCUGUUGUGUUCUCCAACACACGAGUGUGGGAAAAGCCUUGGAGAAAGAGGGCGUGAGCGCAGGUAGAAGAAGCGAGUGUUGGAGCUUUCCAAACGGAGCUUGGAGGAAAAGAAAGGAAAGGAAAGGAGAGGAAAAGCCAGCUUGCCAAAGCCUCUCCUUCUCAUUCAGCGCUUCUUCUUCUUUAGUCCUCGGACCUCUUUGCUCUCCUCUCUGAAGACGAGACUUUCUGACACACGCAGAGGGAUGCUGCAUGUUCCCCAGCCGCACUUGCACUCAGAGGGAACCUAGAAAGUGGGACCGAAGCGGGAUUACUCUCAAAUUCCUUCCUUUUUGGUGACUUUUACGCACGGUUUGCGCUCUUUUUUUUUCUUUUCUUGUUCUUUUCGGGUGGAAGGAAGGACUGAGUUUGGGGCUUUUUUUUUUUUUUUGCAUAUGCGAUUGCUUCAACAAAUUAACACACAGAACCCGUCCCAUAGGAAGGUGUUGAUUUCGUUAUUCUCUUAUCAGCAUUCCUUUCUCUUUGUUAUCCUAAAAAAAACGGACACGUUUUAUUGACAGACUGGGAUCAGCGCGCUGUUUUAAAAUGAUUCCAGGUCGGCGACGUGAUGCCAAGUCGCAUCUUAUUGUCUGAUGUUUCACACGUUUGAGGAUCGACUCAAGAAACUGGAGGAAGAAGUUGAAAAGACAAGAGAAUUCAUCCCGGCUGCUGCUGCUGCUGCGUUUAUCCGUCUUUAUCCUUUCUUUCCCCCUUUCUUUUCUUUUCUUUUUUUAUUGGAGUCCGAGCAACAGACCACCGUCCAGAUGCAGUUUCGACUCUUCUCAUUUAUCCUGAUUGUAUUGAACUGUAUGGAGUACAGCAACUGUCAGGCGCCGUCGCAUCGCUGGAGGAGAAGCAAAAGAGCUAGCUAUGGAGCGUAUCCCAUCUGUAAAGGCUGCUCGGUGUGCUCCAGAGACAACGGCUGUGUGAAAUGCCAGCCUAAACUCUUCCUGUUUCUGCGGCGGGAGAGGAUGAGGCAGUACGGGGAAUGUCUUCACGACUGUCCAGCCGGGUACUAUGGCAUGCGCAGCCCAGAAGUCAAUAUGUGCUCCAGAUGCAGGAUAGAGAACUGCGAGUCCUGCUUCAGCAAAGACUUCUGCACCAAGUGCAAGGCGGGCUUUUACCUCCACAAAGGGCGCUGUUUUGAUAAGUGCCCUGAGGGCUUUGCCCCGCUGGAAGACACCAUGGAGUGUGGAGAGGGCUGUGAGGUGGGCCAGUGGAGCGAGUGGGGAGCCUGCACCAGGAGAAACAAAACCUGUGGCUAUAAGUGGGGUCUGGAGACCCGGACGCGGCACAUUGUAAAGAAACCACCCAAGGACACGAUACCCUGUCCCACCAUCGCUGAGUCCAGGAUGUGCAAAAUGGCCAUGAGGCAUUGCAGGAGAGGUGGUUCAGGGAAGCAGCGACCCAAAGAGCCAAAGAAGAAGAAGCAGAGGCUGCGGUUUCGGGCCCAGAACCAGCACAGUGACCACCUGGCCUCUGCGCGCUCCAGCCAGUGAGGACUGAAAACUACCCAGUGAACAAAGAACCAACGCGAAGCUGCUAGCUGCUGCUGCACCCAAAAUCUGACUGACUGACAACUAACACAAGCCCCGACAGCGUCCCCCCCCCCCCCAAACGCCCCCCCACGCC